AUGGCAGCACAAGAAGCUCCGACUAUUACAAGAACAAGACGGAGAACUGCUACUCAACAUGGAGGUUCAACUCUGGGAGAUCUUCUUCAGGCUCUUGAAGAUUAUUUGCCUGUACUUUUGGGUUUGGUUAAAGAUGGGAGCCCAUUGCAACACAAAGUACAGUUUGUUUGGGUCAAUCAGGAGGACGAAGCAGAGGAAACGGCAAUAUAUAGUGCUUGGUAUGAAGUAUUAUCAGUUUUGCACUUGAUGGCGAUGCUAUCGUUAUCCCAAGCUAACCUAUUGCUCCUUCCUAGAACAUCUGCUGAUGGUUAUCAGCCAAAGAUAUCAGAAGAGAGCAGACGGUCUACUAUUGAUAUUUUCCUUAAGGCAGCUGGUUACCUUGACUGCGCAGUCCGGCAUGUUCUCCCACAAUUUCCUUCAGAACUCAGGAGAAAUCUACCGGUGGACCUUGCAGAAGGUGUUCUACGAGCACUUUGCCUCCAUGCGUUAGGCCAGGGUGUUGAUAUUCAGCUUGGACUAGCAAUUGAUAGUACAAAGGCCACUUUAGCUGUGAAACGAAGACUUGCAUGUGAGAUGGUAAAAUAUUGGCAGCAGGCUCAAGAUAACCUUAUGAACCUAUCAUUGGCAAAUGGUUGGGGAGAAAAGCAUAGGCUCUUUGUGAAGUGGAAAUAUAUUGAAGCUAAGGCUGCAGCAUAUUACUAUCACGGUCUGAUUCUUGAUGAGGGAAACACAGAAAAGUCUCACGGAAUGGCCGUAGCUGCUCUGCAAGCAGCAGAUGAGUAUCUCAAAGAAAGCAAGAGGGCCUGUGAAGCUUUUAAUGCAUCUGUUCCUGUCUCUAGGAAUCCACCUCUUUGGGGAACCAUGAAGUAUCUCUCUGAGAAGAUUCCCAAGGACUCUUCGAGCAAGGUCCGAAUUAAUAGGGAUUUAUACUCGAGUGAAAAAAUUAUGGAGACAGCACCAACAUUGCCUGAUUUCGCGUUGGCUCUGAAACCUGAUGAAUAUCAGCUUCCUAUCGUUGAUGCCUCUUGGAGUGAAGAAACAAACAAGCCCCAACUAAACCUCGAGAUGCUUGAAGGGUAG